GCAUGAUCAUGACCUCUGUGAAAUAUGCCUUAUGAACUCCGGAGGAUGUCAGAAAGUAAGAAAUGAUAUUCAAGGGCUUCUAGACCGAGGAGAGCUUGUGGUCGAAAGGAAGUGCGAUGAUGUGUGUGUAAUAACUCCCGAAGGACCUUUGGAGGUAUUUUACGACAGUCGAAAGUCAACUAUCACCCCUCUGGUGAUCUGCUUACCAGGCCCACUGCCAUAUGCUUCUGAAAAAGCCAUUCCAUACAAAUACAAAGCCACCAUGAUUGAAGAGGGUCGUGAGGUUCCAAUACCGCCUCUGUCCAGUGUGGAUAAUAUUGUUGAAGACAGCAGAGUUUUGAGAAAUGGGCGCGUUGUCCCCAUAGUGUUCCCAAAGAGGAUUGAUGCUACAGUAAACAAGGAGGUUCGGACUAAAGAUGCUGAUGUCGCCAAAGAAGUGGAUCAACCCAAAGAGGCUGGCACAAGUGCAGAGUUUGAUGAGAUUCUCAAGUUAAUAAAGAAGAGCGAGUACAGGGUUGUUGACCAACUGAUGCAGACUCCAUCCAAAAUAUCCAUAAUGUCUUUAUUACUAAAUUCUGAGGCCCAUAAAGAUGCAUUAAUGAAGGUCUUAGAACAAGCUUUUGUGGAUUAUGACGUAACGGUGGGUCAGUUUGGCGGAAUAGUAGGGAACAUCACUGCAUGCAACAACUUGAGUUUCAGCGAUGAAGAGCUCCCAGCAGAAGGAAGGAACCAUAAUCGGGCGCUGCAUAUAUCUGUGAACUGUAAAACUGAUGCUUUGUCAAAUGUGCUGGUGGAUACUGGAUCAUCUUUGAAUGUGUUGUCCAAAACAACUUAUACCCAGCUCGCUUACCAAGGCGCACCUUUGAGACGAAGUGGGGUAAUGGUGAAAGCUUUUGAUGGCUCGAGGAAGGAUGUCCUUGGAGAGGUGGUUCUACCUAUCACAGUUGGGCCACAAGUUUUUCAAGUUAAUUUUCAAGUCAUGGACAUUCAAGCUUCAUAUAGCUGCUUACUGGGUCGACCCUGGAUUCACGAGGCAGGGGCUGUCACAUCCACGCUGCAUCAAAAGCUGAAGUUUGUGAAGAAUGGGAAGCUAGUAACUGUAAACGGUGAAGAGGCUUUAUUGGUGAGUCAUUUGUCAUCUUUCUCUUUCAUUGGGGCAGACGACGUCGAAGGGACACCUUUUCAAGGGUUUACUAUAGAAGAUAAGAAUACCAAGAAGAAUGAAGCCUCUAUCUCGUCUCUGAAAGAUGCUCAGAAGGUCAUACAAGCAGGAGGGUCCACAAGCUGGGGAAAGCUGAUAGAGCUUCCAGAAAACAAGCACCGAGAAGGUUUAGGUUUCUUCCCAUCUACUAGUUUGUCCACAGCAAAGAAGGGCACUUUCCACAGUUCGGGCUUUAUCCAUGCAAUCAUUGAAGAUGAUCCUGAAAGUGUGCCACGAGGUUUUAUAACACCAGGAGUAUCCAGCCACAAUUGGGUUGCCAUAGAUGUUCCUUUUGUUGCUCACUUGUCCAAAUUAGAAAUCGACGAACCCGUUGAACAACAUAACCCUAUGAUCUCUCCCAACUUUGAGUUCCCUGUGUAUGAAGCAGAGGAAGAAGAGAAUGAAGAGAUCCCUGACGAAAUCUUUCGACUACUCGAACAAGAGAAGAAGACCAUUCAGCCUUAUGGGGACGAACUAGAAGUGAUUAACUUGGGCACCAAAGAAGACAAGAAAGAAAUCAAGGUUGGGGCAUCGCUCGAAACAAGUGUUAAAAAGCAAGUGAUAGAGCUCCUCAAAGAAUAUGUUGAUGUGUUUGCCUGGUCCUACCAAGAUAUGCCAGGUCUAGACACUGAUAUUGUGGUACAUCACCUACCUUUGAAACCUGAAUGUCCGCCAGUCAAACAAAAGUUGAGAAGAACACGUCCUGACAUGGCUCUCAAAAUCAAAGAAGAGGUACAGAAACAGAUCGACGCUGGUUUCCUCAUCACAUCAAAUUACCCCCAGUGGUUAGCUAACAUAGUGCCUGUUCCAAAGAAAGAUGGUAAGGUCAGAAUGUGUGUUGACUACCGUGAUUUAAACAAAGCUAGCCCGAAAGACGACUUUCCUUUACCUCAUAUUGACGUGUUGGUUGACAGUACUGCAAAGUCUAAAGUCUUCUCAUUCAUGGAUGGAUUCUCCGGUUAUAAUCAAAUCAAGAUGGCACCCGAAGAUAGAGAGAAAACAUCAUUUAUUACACCUUGGGGCACUUUUUGCUACAAAGUAAUGCCGUUCGGUUUAAUCAAUGCAGGAGCUACUUACCAGAGGGGGAUGACUACUCUUUUCCACGAUAUGAUACAUAAAGAGAUUGAGGUCUAUGUGGAUGAUAUGAUAGUCAAGUCGAUUACUGAAGAAGACCAUGUCAAGUAUCUACAGAAGAUGUUCCAGCGCCUGAGGAAGUACAAACUUCGUCUAAAUCCCAACAAAUGCACUUUUGGUGUCAGAUCCGGAAAGCUUCUAGGUUUCAUUGUCAGCCAGAAAGGCAUCGAAGUAGAUCCUGACAAAGUCAAAGCCAUCAGAGAGAUGCCUGCUCCGAGAACAGAAAAAGAAGUAAGGGGUUUUCUUGGACGACUAAAUUACAUCUCCCGUUUCAUUUCUCAUAUGACUGCAACUUGUGGGCCGAUAUUCAAACUACUCCGCAAAGAACAAAGUAUUGUGUGGACCGAAGAUUACCAGAAGGCUUUUGACAGCAUAAAGAAGUACUUGCUAGAACCACCGAUUCUCAUCCCUCCAGUUGAAGGAAGACCUUUGAUCAUGUACCUAACAGUGCUAGAAAAUUCCAUGGGUUGUGUGCUCGGACAACAAGAUGAAACCGGAAGAAAAGAGCACGCCAUUUAUUAUUUAAGCAAAAAGUUUACUGAAUGUGAAUCUCGCUACUCCAUGCUCGAGAAGACGUGUUGUGCUCUAGCCUGGGCUGCCAAACGCCUCCGUCAUUAUAUGAUUAAUCACACUACUUGGCUGGUAUCUAAAAUGGAUCCAAUCAAGUACAUAUUUGAGAAGCCCGCUUUGACAGGAAGGAUUGCACGGUGGCAGAUGCUACUAUCUGAAUAUGAUAUCGAGUACCGUUCCCAGAAGGCAAUUAAAGGCAGUAUUCUUGCUGAUCACUUAGCUCACCAACCGCUCGAAGACUAUCAACCUAUCAAGUUUGACUUCCCUGAUGAAGAGAUUAUGUAUCUAAAGAUGAAAGAUUGUGACGAACCACUAUUCGGAGAAGGUCCUGAUCCAGAUUCAGUAUGGGGUUUGAUAUUUGAUGGGGCUGUCAAUGUAUACGGCAACGGCAUAGGGGCAGUACUCCUUACUCCUAAAGGUGCUCACAUCCCUUUCACAGCAAGACUCCGGUUUGACUGCACGAACAACAUCGCUGAAUAUGAAGCCUGCAUCGUGGGUAUUGAAGAAGCCAUUGAUCUAAGAAUCAAGAACAUCGAAAUAUAUGGAGAUUCAGCUCUUGUAAUCAACCAGAUCAAAGGAAAAUGGGAAACUCUUCACGCAGGACUAAUACCUUAUCGAGACUAUGCAAGACGUUUAUUGACCUUCUUCAACAAAGUGGAACUACAUCAUAUCCCUCGAGAUGAGAAUCAGAUGGCUGAUGCCUUGGCUACUUUGUCUUCAAUGAUCAAGGUGAAUCAUCACAAUGACGUGCCACUAAUCAGUGUCAAAUUCCUUGAUAGACCCGCUUAUGUGUUUGCCGCUGAAGCAGUUUUCGACGAUAAACUGUGGUUUCAUGAUAUUAAAGUGUUUCUCCAAACUCGAGAGUAUCCUCCUGGAGCAUCCAACAAAGAUAAGAAGACUCUCAGAAGAUUAUCUAGUAAUUUCUUCCUAAAUGGGGAUAUCUUGUACAAAAGAAACUUUGACACGGUCUUGCUCAGAUGUGUAGACAAAUAUGAAGCUGAUUUAUUGAUACAUGAAAUACACGAAGGAUCCUUUGGAAUUCAUCCUAAUGGGCACACAAUGGCUAAAAAGAUAUUGCGAGCAGGCUACUACUGGAUGACAAUGGAAUCAGAUUGCUACAAGCAUACCAGAAAGUGUCACAAGUGUCAGAUAUACGCCGACAAGAUUCAUAUGCCGCCAACCACACUCAAUUUGCUUUCCUCUCCGUGGCCUUUCUCUAUGUGGGGCAUUGACAUGAUCGGAAGAAUUGAGCCCAAAGCUUCAAAUGGACACCGUUUUAUCCUAGUGGCUAUUGACUACUUCACUAAGUGGGUCGAGGCCGCAUCGUAUGCCAAUGUGACCAAACAAGUGGUGGUCAAAUUUAUCAAGAAUCAUAUCAUUUGUCGUUAUGGCAUCCCCAACCGGAUCAUCACCGACAACGGAACAAAUCUAAACAACAAGAUGAUGAAAGAAUUGUGUGAUGAUUUCAAAAUCGAGCACCAUAACUCUUCACCUUACAGACCCCAAAUGAAUGGUGCUGUCGAAGCUGCAAAUAAGAAUAUAAAGAGGAUUGUCCAGAAGAUGGUGGUGACUUAUAAAGAUUGGCAUGAAAUGCUUCCCUUUGCAUUACAUGGAUAUCGUACUUCUAUACGCACAUCAACAGGGGCAACUCCCUUCUCCCUGGUAUACGGCAUGGAGGCAGUACUUCCUGUAGAAGUCGAAAUUCCAUCAUUGAGAGUCCUAAUGGAGGCUGACUUAUCAGAAGCUGAAUGGGUUCAGAAUAGAUACGACCAGUUGAAUCUAAUUGAAGAAAAGCGCAUGGCGGCCCUAUGUCACGGACAGUUAUAUCAAAAAAGGAUGAAACAGGCUUUUGACAAGAAAGUUCGUCCCCGUGAGUUUAAAGAAGGUGAUCUCGUGCUCAAAAAGAUUUUCUCUUUCCAACCAGACUCCCGAGGCAAGUGGGCUCCUAAUUAUGAAGGACCGUAUGUUGUUAAAAAGGCCUUCUCAGGUGGUGCCAUGACUCUACAAACCAUGGACGGUGAAGAACUUCCACGACCUGUGAACACAGAUGCAGUCAAGAAAUACUUUGUCUAAAAAUUUUAAAAGAACAGCUCGGUAAGUCGAAAACCCGAAAAGGGCGACUU